CAACAGUGAAGGCCACGGCGAGCACAGCCCAUGAGCGUUGCAUCUUUGCUCGCGGGUGCGUUGCGCACUUCGCUGCGUAGUACGCGACCACCACCUGCAAUCCGCUCACUCCUCCAGACCCGCUCGCUUUCCUCAUCACCCUCUCCUUUCGUCCCCUCUCAGCUUUCAAGCUCUGUCCACAGAAGACCAUCGCCAAUUCUGUGCCUUGUCAGGCCCUUGUCGCUUGGCUCAAUAUUCUCGCCGAAGCCGACGCCGACACCACCACCGAAGGUAGUGGCACAUGUGACUGCAAUCGAAGCAGAAGCGAAUGCACACCCACAAGAUUUGCAAAAGCAAGUGGCACUCUUUGAGGCUCUUGUAGGGACAGGCGUAAAGUCUGGCUAUGACGUCGCCAUUGCGAGGUGGGAACGGAUGUGUGAAUUUGAUCCCAAGAACCCAUUGCUUCGUUCGGAUAUUGCAUUCCAGCUCUACCUCACAGCUCUCCUGAAGGACGGCCUUGCCUCAUCAAUAGACGCUGCUGUCCGUCGACGUGACUCUCUUCUUGCUGCCACUGGUGUUACUUCUGCUACCUCGGAUUCUGUCUCGGCCUCCGAUGAGGUUACUCAAGCCUCAGCGGAUUCUUUGACUAACACUGCAUCAUCGGAAUCGGUAUCCUCGACGCCGGCACAACCCUGUCGAACGGUCACUCCCAGCCAACAGCUCGCGCAGGCUGUCCUAGCUGGAACUGCACCGGGAGUAGGCAGCGCGACACCUGCGAGUGCGGACACCACGAAGCUAACCGCUGGUCUUGGCGGCGGCGCAGGUGUCCCCGGGAACCCACUCGUAGUGACUCUAAAUGAACCGAAGGGAUCAUGGGUACCACGACUGAUUCGGUUUUUGGUGUUGACGGCAUUGUCCAGCUUCUUUAUUCUCGUCAUGCUCGCAGUACUCCUGGAGAAUUCCGGGCUGAUGAAGGCUGGACCGCGACAAGCCGAGUUCGAGCCGGCUGCGGGCAAGACCUACAAAUUCAGUGACGUGCAUGGCGUUGACGAGGUGAAAGAUGAGUUGUCAGAAGUCGUUGAGUUCCUGAAAGACCCAACUACGUUCGCGACACUUGGCGGCAAGUUGCCGAAGGGUAUCCUACUCACUGGACCUCCUGGAACGGGUAAGACGAUGUUGGCACGUGCGGUCGCGGGAGAGGCUGGCGUACCGUUCUUCUUUGCCUCUGGCUCGGAAUUUGAUGAGGUGUUCGUCGGUGUCGGCGCAAAGCGUGUCCGCGACUUGUUCACUGCAGCGCGCAAGCGGCAACCGGCCAUUAUUUUCAUCGAUGAGCUGGACGCGAUAGGUGGACGGCGCUCGAACCGUGACCAGCACUACUUGAAACAGACACUGAACCAGCUUUUGGUCGAGAUGGAUGGAUUCUUGCAAAACGAGGGAGUCAUCGUCAUCGCAGCCACUAACUUCCCCGAUAGUUUGGAUCCUGCUCUUGUGCGCCCUGGUCGUUUCGACAGGCAUAUUGCCGUUCCGUUGCCUGAUGUCCGUGGAAGGGUGCAAAUCUUGAGGCAUCAUAUGAAGGACGUCACAACUGAAGCAGCCGUCGACCCGACAAUUCUGGCCCGAGGCACCGCAGGCUUUUCAGGGGCUGACUUGCAAAACAUGGUCAACCAAGCCGCCGUGCAGGCCUCUCGCGAAGGUGCUAAGGCCGUCUCUUUGAAGCACUUUGAGUGGGCUAAGGACCGAAUCGUGAUGGGUUCGGAAAGGAGGACUGCGUACAUUAGUGAGGAUGUGAAGAAAAUGACUGCGUACCAUGAGGCGGGUGGAGGCCAUGCACUUGUAGCACUAUAUACGGAUGGCGCCAUGCCUCUGCACAAGGUCACUUGUGUGCCUCGUGGCCACGCGUUGGGCAUUACGAGCCAGCUGCCCGAGGACGACCGAUAUUCAGUAUCCUUGAAGGAAUACUUGGCCAUGAUCGACGUGUGCAUGGGUGGGCGUGUGGCUGAAGAAAUCAUCUAUGGGCCUGAGAAUGUCACUAGUGGCGCCUCCUCGGACCUGAAGCAGGCUACUCGAACCGCCCGUGCGAUGGUCAAGAACUGGGGCUUUUCUGACAAAAUUGGGCCGGUCUAUUACAACGACCGCGAGGAGUCGAUCAGCCCCACGAAGAGCGACGAGAUAGAAGGCGAAGUUCGCAGUCUCCUGAUGGCCGGGGAGUCACGGGUCUUGACGCUUCUGAAAAGUAAAGAAGAGGAGUUGCAUCGGCUGGCGUCCGCACUCAUGGAGCAUGAGACUCUAGAUGUCGAAGAAGUCAAGAAGGUCAUCAAGGGUGAGCCGAUACGGAAUAUCAAAGAGGUCAUCCAGGAGGACCUCUCACGACUGUCAGAGGAGCCGAGUUCAUAGCAUUGUCAUCUGAGUGUAAUGUUGUUGUCGUACCUCCUUUGCUUAGUUUUCAUCCAAAUCGCGCACAUAUGAUCACAGUAC